AUGGAGUCCUUUGUGGUCAAUGUGUCCAACCAUAGGCCUGUUUAUAGGUAAGAAUGCCUUUUUCAUGUAAAGUUCUGUUUUAGUGUAUAGAGCAGCUUGUUUCUAGUAUCUCCCAAACAUGUUGGAGAAUAAACUUUUGCUCUGUUUGUUGAUCAUAACUAACAAACUAAAAUCCUCAAGAAACUGCAGCUGUUGACUAAGCGGAAAGCUGACAGUUCUGACCUUCAUCUCUCAGACUGCCAUCAUUCAGCCAUACUUUGUUAUUGUGAUUUGCACAGAGCACAACGGACUCCUCCCCCGCGGUGGAAAUGCUGUAUAAAUGCAGCAUCAGCCUGUCCACAACAGUGUCUGAAAGCUUAUUGGUACCCAAACAUGAAGGGACUGAGCUUGGUUCUCCUUGUGCUUCUCCUGAUGUUCGCAGUUGGGGAGGGUAAGAAAUGAACGGAUACUCACAUUUUCCUGUUGUGUGAGAUCAAACCAAGCAAAUCAACCUCUGGCAAAUGCUCAAAAUACAUUAUGCUCAUACUGAGGCCUGCUUGCAUGGCUCUGAAUAGGAGGAAACAAUCAUCAAAUAUGGGAUUUGAAAAUUAUUCCAACAUCAAUGUUAUUAAAGUUCUUGAGAACUUACAUGUGAUUUAUUCAUAAUAACCUACAGGCAAUGAUCCAGACAUGCAAUACUGGACUUGUGGGUAUAGAGGACUCUGCAGACGGUUCUGCUAUGCCCAGGAGUACAUUGUUGGUCAUCAUGGUUGCCCUCGUAGAUACAGGUAGGCAGCACAAUUCAUCCAGUGGAAUGUGCAUAACAUUGCAAGAUAUGCUACAUAGUUGUUGUAUGAAUUGAUAAGACAACACUACGUUGUAAAUGUUUCAAAAAAGAAAAGUUUUGUUUUUUUGUUGGGCUCAUUUACUUUGCAUUUAUUUCCAGGUGCUGUGCCGCACGCUCUUAG